ACACAAGAAAUGGCUCUUUCAUACAGUUUCAUCUUUACCCUAUUCGCUUUCUCAGCCGUUGUUCUUGCCGGGCCAGGAGGUCGCCAUGGGCAUGGCGGAGGUGGUUUUGGAGGUGCUCCACAGCUUCCACCAUUCCUUCAAAAUGUGACUGCUGAAGGAAGACAAGCAUUCUUCGCUAUUGUGAGCAACACUAGCUUGACUAUUUCUGAAACUGAAUCUCAAAUCUCUUCAUGGGCACAAACUUAUGGAGUAUCGAGCCAAGUAACCGAAUUCCAAACCAAGGUAGAAGAAAAACUUAACGAGAUCAAGCAGAACGUGACUGCCGUCAUCAAUAACCUUUCCACAGUUGAAACUCAACUUGAGGCCAUCUUCGCCAACAAAUCUCAAACUAUUCGUGAGCAAUUCCAAGCUCUUGGACAACUUAAGGACCAAUACCCACAAGAAGUCGGAGUUCUUCUUUUCCUUGCCAAGCCAAAAGGAGAACACGGAGGUCAAGGACCAUUCGGAGGAUUCCCAGGAGGCCACCAAGGAGGAUUCCCAGGAGGUAACCAAGGAGGAUUCGGAGGAAAUCAAGGAGGAUUUGGUGGAAACCAGGGUGGAUUCCCAUUCGGAAAUCAGGGUGGAAACCAAGGAGGAUUCCCAUUCGGUAACCCAGGAAACCAGGGAGGAUUCGGUGGAAAUCAGGGAGGAAAUCAAGGAGGAUUCGGAGGAAACCGAGGAGGACGUGGAUUCUAAGUUGUUUCAAUUAUAAAACUUGAUUUUCAUAUAUGUAUACUUGUAAUGAACAUUUAAAAAGAC